AAGACUUUAAUUCUUGUUUGCUAGAAUAAAACAAGAUUUUUGAAUGGGCUUGAAAGAAACCUGCAUAUAGUUUUUCCCACUUGUAGCAUAAUCAGUAAUUGGCUUGAUAAACAGGCUUUCUAGCUUGUAACUAAAAGUAUAUUGAAGGCAUAAUUUAGAUACCCUAUAAUUAUUUAGAAUUUUGGGAAUAUCAACCUCCUCGAAAAAUCAAGCAGUUUUAACAUAUUUCAGUAAGUGUGCCAAUUUCUUUCAGGCUUUUAUGUUAGUAUUACACCAAAUAAUGAGCAAUUAGCCCUUGAGUUACAUAAGAGUUAAUAUAAUCUGAAACAGUACUAGAUGGUAUCUUGGUAAUUUAGGACAGAUAUUCGUCCCACCUGAGUGUAAACUCAGCAUAAAUCCCAUAAAGAAGGUGUAGUGAAUUUUACAUAAGUAGAAGCCUAUCGUUUGAUUCUUUUAUGUGGUGAAAAACUAAUUUCGUGUGAAGAUAGGAGAAAUUUCAGGUGAAGGUUUUUAGCCAUUAAAAAGUAAAAUCACUCAUGCACAAAACUACUUCCCAAAGACUUGUCCCAGGUUCUUCAUGUCAGAGAAUUAAGAGUACCAUGGAAGAUAGCACGAUCUUACCAAAUCAGACAGUUGGCAACAAACAAAAAAUAAAAUACGACUUUUCAUGUGAACUCUAUAGAAUGUCUACAUACUCAACGUUCCCCGCCGGCGUCCCCGUCUCAGAGAGGAAUCUGGCCCGGGCGGGGUUUUACUACACUGGUGUGAACGACAAGGUCAAGUGCUUCUGCUGUGGCCUGAUGCUGGACAACUGGAAGCCUGGAGACAACCCUAUUGAAAAGCACAAACAGCUCUACCCCAGCUGUAGUUUUAUUCACAGUCUGGUUACUCUUACUAGCCGGGAUUCCACCUUUAAGAAUCCUUCUCCAACGAGGCACACUCUCACACAUUCAUUAUCUCCCACUUUGGAACAUGGUGGCUCAUUCAGUGGUUCUCAUUCCAGCCUUGCACCAAACCCUGUUAAUCCUAGAGCAGUCGAAGACUUCUCCCCAUUGAGGACUAACCCCUACAGUUACGCAAUGAGUACUGAAGAAGCCAGAUUUCUCACUUACCACAUGUGGCCGUUAACCUUUUUGUCACCAUCAGACCUGGCGAGAGCUGGCUUUUAUUAUAUAGGACCCGGAGACAAGGUAGCCUGCUUUGCCUGCGGUGGGACCCUAAGUAACUGGGAACCAAAGGAUGAUGCAAUGUCAGAACACCGCAGACAUUUUCCCAACUGCCCAUUUUUGGAAAAUUCUCUGGAGACGCUGAGGUUUAGCAUUUCAAAUAUGAGCAUGCAGACACAUGCAGCUCGACUGAGGACAUUUAUGUACUGGCCAUCCAGUGUACCCGUUCGGCCUGAGCAGCUUGCAAGUGCUGGUUUCUAUUACGUGGGUCGCAAUGAUGAUGUCAAAUGCUUUUGUUGUGAUGGUGGCUUAAGGUGUUGGGAAUCUGGAGAUGACCCGUGGGUGGAGCACGCCAAGUGGUUUCCAAGGUGUGAGUUCUUGAUACGCAUGAAAGGGCAGGACUUUGUUGAUGAGAUUCAAGCUCGGUACCCUCACCUUCUUGAGCAGCUUUUGUCAACAUCAGAUACUUCUGGAGAUGAAAAUGCUGAUCCACCAAUUGUCCAUUUUGGACCUGGAGAAGGUUCUUCAGAAGACGCAGUCAUGAUGAACACCCCCGUGGUGAAGGCCGCCUUGGAGAUGGGCUUCAGUCGAAGCCUGGUGAGGCAGACGGUGCAGAGUAAGAUCCUGACCACUGGGGAGAAUUACAGAACCGUUAACGAUAUUGUGUUAGCACUUCUUAAUGCUGAAGAUGAGACCCGAGAAGAAGAGAAGGAACAACAAACUGAAGAAAUGGCAUCAGAUGAUUUGUCAUUAAUUCGGAGGAAUAGAAUGGCUCUCUUUCAGCAGUUGACUUGUGUGCUUCCUAUCCUGGAUAAUCUUUUAAAGGCCAAUGUAAUUAAUAAACAGGAACACGAUAUCAUUAAGCAAAAAACACAGAUACCUUUGCAAGCAAGAGAACUGAUUGAUACCGUUUUAGUUAAAGGAAACACUGCUGCCAACAUCUUCAAAAGUUGUUUAAAAGAAAUUGACUCUCCGUUAUAUAAGAACUUAUUUGUGGACAAGAACAUGAAGUAUAUUCCAACUGAAGAUGUUUCAGGUCUGUCACUGGAAGAGCAGUUGAGGAGGCUGCAGGAAGAGAGGACGUGUAAAGUGUGCAUGGACAAAGAAGUUUCCAUAGUGUUCAUUCCAUGUGGCCACCUGGUCGUGUGCCAGGAAUGUGCCCCCUCUCUGAGAAAAUGCCCCAUCUGCAGGGGGGUAAUUAAGGGCACUGUUCGUACCUUUCUCUCAUAAAGGUCUUUAGCAUAUUGUUGAACACAUGAAGCUGUCUGAAGUAUAAAAGAAUUAUUGGUUCUUUAAUUAGGACAUUUGUGUUGUAUUCUGCUUUGCUACUAGUGAUCUUGUUUCAGAACAUUAGUAUCCUGUGUCCUAAUCUUUGUUUAGGCGAAGGGGGGUUUGUGUGUGAUGGGCUGUGUUAGUGUGCGUGUGCGAGUUCGGGGGAGGUUACGGGGGAGCCUCAGUGCCCUGAGGUGUCCUGUCGGAGGGCCUGGGUUUGGUGUUCUUUCUGGAAGCUUUGAGUACGACCUGAGAGUGUGCAGUUGACAAGACCUGGACACCGGGCGGGACCACUGGAGUUUACCACACUUACCGUGCCAAAUUCUCUUUGAUGUUUUUCCACUUGUGUUUUAAAAUAAGGACUUCUUUCUUACUGGUCAAUAAGCUUUUCCCUAAUUUGUGAGAACCUCUUAAUAAAAUUCUUUAAAAAGACUGCAUCGUUUUUUUCCUCCUG